GUGGCAGCCCUGCAGUCACGCAAACUAUCUUUAGUUUAUUUUUUCUUUGAUGACUUAAAUUCGUAGGCAAAUUAAAAAAAUAUAUAACAACCAAUUUAGCAUUAAUGGCUGCAAGCCGAGAAGCUGUGAAGAAAGCUGUACAACAGGUUCGCCCUAUAUUAUCCGUAAAUCACGGAGAGGCAAGGAAGCGAGCUUUGAAUCUUUAUAAGGCUUGGUAUCGUCAAAUUCCUUACAUUGUCAUGGAUUACGAUAUUCCUAAGUCAAUAGAGCAAUGCCGUGCGAAACUACGCGAAGAAUUCCUCAGACAUCAAAAUGUUACAGAUAUUCGAGUAAUCGACAUGUUGGUCAUAAAGGGUCAAAUGGAACUGAAAGAAUCCGUCGAAAUUUGGAAGCAAAAGGGGCAUAUAAUGCGUUAUUGGAAGGAAUCGCAAGAUCCUAAACCAACCGACUUCUUGUCAAAGUUCAUACAAGGAAUCAACUAGAGUUUUAAAUACCACUCAUUGUAAAAAUUAGCAAAUAGUUCACUGAGCAUUACAUUAAAUUAAAUCAUACGAUUUACGAAAAAUUU